CCAUUCUAAAAGAAAAGUGUUUGUUCUACGUAUUCAGUUUGUUCAAUUCAGUUGAUAGUUACUGUCUGUCUCCAGGGAGUUGGUGUUUGGAGACAGCCGUACCCUAAUCAGCCGCCACUCGGCCGACAGAGAACUAGAGCAGUCUGUGCGGUUUCUCCACGACAACGGAACCCUCCUCCACUACGAGGAUCCUCUCCUGGCCGACUUCUACUUUGUUGACCCUCAGUGGCUCUGCGACAUGCUGGCACACAUCAUCACUGUCAGGGAGAUUAACCCCUUCGUGAGAGAGGGAGUGAUGCGAAUUGCGGAUUUUCCGCUGAUAUUCAACACUGAAGAUUUCCCAAUGAGAUGGAAGAGAGAAUACAUCAGACUUCUCACCACUUUUGAAGUUGCUGUGGAGUUGAGUGAUGGAGAGUUACUAAUUCCAUCCACACUACCUUGUGAGAGGCCAAAUCUACCUCAAAAUGUCUUCCCCAGUUCUCUGAGAGUGCUUCCACCAUUACGUCAUGCUUACAUCAUCCCGUUUGUACCAAGUGGGUUCUGGCCGCGGCUAAUGUCGCGGGUGCUGAGUGAUAAGACCAUCAUACAGCUGUCUAGGGACGGAUGCAACAUUGAGGGAAAUGAUGUGGACCAGCUGAGCUGGGUGAAGUGGAGAGAAGCACCAGUUAUGAGACGUGGUAACAUGCACAGAAUCUCCACCUGCAGCAGCAACACCAAGAUCUCAGGCAUCAGUGUGACUGUCCCCGACUUCUUCCCCAUCCUCAAGUUCCUCGAACACUCCUCCCAGAGUAAGACGGGCGGGAAACAGCGAGGCCCCUCCUCCUCCAGUCUCCAGUCCACGUCGUCUGCCGGAGGUCUCAGACCCAUUCCUGGGGGUGCGGCACAUUCCGUGACAUCGGAAUCAAACGCGGGACCUCCGUUAGUGCCAGAAGUUAACAUAGAGACCUCCUCCGAGAUGAUCCAGAGCUCUGGGUCACAUGACUCAGGGUCUGGGUCACAUGACAGGUCAUGUGGCUGUGACGAGGAAGGAAGCAGCGGUGCAAACAGGGUAGUGGAAAUAGACAAGAUUGAGGAAGAGGUCCAGAGACUGGCUCGCAAGUGUAAGGACAGGUGUCGGCUCCUCAGCUGCAAUGUUUCCAGCUCUACCCGCCCCACUGUAAACUGGGGCGGCCCAUCUGAGGAUGGGACUGUCCCAUCUGGCAAUGGGUUGGCCGAAAGGCCAAACAGUUUCCACCUCCGACGCAGAGUUCCCAGCAAUGAAAUGGCAUCUCCGAGACACUCAAUGAGGUCUCUCUCCAGGGGCUCUCGAAGCUCCACCCGUGACGCUCCACCCACCACACCCCAGCCGGCCCCGCCCGUGGUGGAGGAGGAGGCGCACGACAAGAUGAGGGCGGGGCUCGUGUCCAAGGCUGUGGACCACAUUACUCUGCUGGUCGAGGACUGGUUCACUGGAGUGAAGCCACGCUACCACCUGGUACCCUGUCCCCACUGUGCCUCACGAGACGACCGAGCCGAGGAAGAGGGGCGUGGCCCACAGCAGGUACCUCUCCUGCGCUCCUUCUCUGCCGAGACCAGCCUCAAGGCUCCGCCCACCAAGGGCCCCGUCGCAAGGAAACCUUCUCGGGAGAAACGGCCGUCACCGGGGGAAAACAGACCACACCCACUAAAAGCCACACCCCCACUGCAUCCCGUCGCCCCGGCAACAACAGUCCCGCCUCACAAGUCUUUCCUGGGAAGGAUAUCUCCAUGGCGACCUGGGGGAAAACCCCAGAUUGGAACAGUCCCCAAGCCCCCAGCCCCAUCUCCAGGCCAGUACUAUGUAGACCCGAGCGGGAACCGGUACCUGGUACCGGAACGAGACCUGAAAGCGGUCCAGGAUCCAUACAACUAUGCAUUCCGAUAUGAUGACUGUGUGGUGUUGGCUCGGAGUCAGGACUUUGUCACCUGCCCCGCCCACGGGAAGAUCCUCCUCAGAUACAUGGCUCCAGACACCUUGUUUGUGGCCCAGGGUAAAGAGAUCCUGGUCAGUGGAGACGACUGUGUGGAGGAGGGGGUCCUGGGUCAGGGAGCUUACGCCACCGUCUUCCAAGUCAGGAUCAGGAAAAACGGAGAGUCUGAACCGCAGUGGUCCGUUUGCCCUGGACUGAAAGUCACUCACCAAAGAGAUGGACCAGACAGACAACCAGUUCCACCACUGACCCGCCACUCGCCGCCCCGAACAAGAGGCCAACGCGAAAAACACCUCCCGCUACUCCAUCAUACAGGGUUCAACAACGCUCAAGAGGAGCUAGCUCUCCUGGCAUCCUCUCCGGAAUCGCCACGUCAUCCAACUCCACUGGAGUGGUCCUCCGCGCAGCCUGGGACUCAUCCGCGAGCAUGCUCGCCAGGCGCUCAAGAAGACCUGGAACCAGGUUCCACGAGCUGCAACACACACUCUCCGUGGCAACGUGGUGCAGGCGUGUCAUCCUUCAGGUGGCACAUGCCAUCCGCUACCUCCACCACUGCUCCAUCAUCUACAGAGACCUCAAGAGCGACAAUGUCCUUGUCUGGCGGUAGCCCAUGCCACAUGACUCCGUUCUCGUUCCCCCGGGUCGACUUGGAUUGGAGACGGUGCUGGUCAAACUCUCAGAUCUGGGGAUCAGUCAGUUGCAGCAACUCAGGGGGCCAGGGGCCUCGUUGGAACCCUGGGUAUAUGGCCCCCGAGAUCUUGAAGUACACGGCAAAGAGGUAUACACCAACCAGGUGGACAUAUUCUCAUUCGGGAUGUUCAUGUAUGAACUGCUGACUCUGCACAUUCCCUACGAGAACCUGACGGCACAGCAGGCAAACCAGGCAAACGAGAGUGGCUCACGACCGGCCCUCACCAGGAAGGACCUGGAGUGUGCAGUUCUCCUGAGAGAGCUGAUGGUGUGGUGCUGGCAGCAACACCCCUGACCACAGACCCUCGGCCGAUGACAUCAUCUCCACUGCGCAGUCGGAGCAGUUCCUACGGCUUCUCAAUGGUAUCCGGGUCAGCAGGGGUCAGGUCACAGCAGCCUGCGUGUCUCUCUCUCCCCACUCUGUCCUCACUUCACUCCGUCACCACCGUCAGAAAUCACCACGUCCACCGAUCCACACGGACCUCACUAACCCGUUUGUCGCUGACAGACAGUCAACUGAAGGUGGACUUCACUGGUUGGGCGAUAGCAGACUGGAGUCACACACUGACGCGGUCUUAUUGAGUGGUGUCAAAGUGCUUCAAGACAGUGUUGAAAUGAGUCAAUAUGAAUCAAGUAGUGGGCAGGUUGGAGAUGUGUUUCGUAAGAGUGAGCAUAGCACAGACAAUUUUAUUGAGGUUCAAAUCGAACCAGAUGUAACUCGUAGUGACACUGGUGAUACAUUUGUUCAACCAACUGACUCUAGUAACACAUUUGGUGAUCCGGUUGACACUGGUAACGCACCAGAUGAUCCCACUGACACUGGUGACACACCAGAUGAUCCCACUGACACUUGUGAGAGACAGCGACGAACGUCAAUCUCUGGCACUUCCGACACUGGGUUCUCCAGUAAACUCUGUACCACCAGUGAACCUGACUCCACCCCUCCUCCGCCCGACCACCACCAAAUUACCACUGACCACGCCCCCUCCAACCACACCCCC